GUCACGGAGAUAAAGAAUCGUUUUCUAAGAUCAGAUGUGACGGCACUCCGUAACAUUUCAGUCGCGACAAUUGACAGUUUUCAGGGUCAGGAGAAUGACAUUAUACUCAUAUCACUGGUCCGUAGCAGCAAAAGUGGAAAAAUUGGUCACUUGUCUUCAUCGAACCGUUUGUGCGUGGCCAUUUCUCGAGCACGCUGUGGCUUGUAUCUAUUUGGCAAUGAUGCUCAGUUGAGUAAGGCUUCUAAAAUUUGGAAGAAAGUCACUGAAGCCAUGUGGAAAAGGAGGUGUCUUGGUGACAGAUUUCCGUUUCGUUCCAGUAGUCAAUUCAAAUCACAAGGGGAAGCCGAGGAUCAGAUGGAAGGCCGUUCUCCUGGGAAGGAACCGCAAACCAUGUUUGUUGGUAAGAAAGGAUUAUCCGUUUUAUCACCUCGCUAA